AGCUACACAUUACAUAAAUACAGAACAAGAACGUUGACCUCAGAAAUUAAAUUUCCAAUCGCAUUGGCUAUUCAUCCCCAUAACCCAAAUCUCAUCCCAUCCCUCCCGCUCAAUUCUUUUUGUCUCACACUCAAAUUUGCAGCACACCUGUCAUUUUACAGUCCAUUCCCACCAAAUUUGACAAGAAAAAAAACUCAAAAUUGACGAUGCACAGCAGCCCAGCAAAUCUUUUAUUUUUUUGGUACGGGAAUGGGUCUUGGUUUCUAUUUAUGUUUCUGGGUUGAUAACUUUGAACUCUAUCUUUUUUUUAAUGGAGUUCAAGAUAAAGCGCAGUCUUUUUAUGGGUAAGAUGCUGACAUAAUAGCAUCGAAAUCCGAGACUUUGGGAAAUUUCGGUUCAAUCACUAUCUUUCUCUCUCUGUAUUAUGGGUAGCUUGCUAUAAAUAUAAAUAAUUAGAUGGCUACUGCUUCUUUAAUUCAUGUUCGAUCCGUUUUUAGUAGUUAUAGAUUUCAUUCUACAAAUGGCGCUGCUUCCUCUCCGUGUUCUUGCUCUUCUUCUCCGGCUCUGAAUUUCUCUUCCGGUGUAAAUAGUAAUUGGAAACGUAACGGUCUUAAAACUCAAGCUAUGAAUACUGCAACUCUAGGAAAUUUUGGAUCAUCCAAGGGAAUCGGCAAUGGGAGUAAUGAGCCUGAUCAUCUACUCGUUCUGGUCCAUGGCAUCUUGGCCAGCCCAAGUGACUGGAUAUAUGUAGAAGCGGAAUUAAAAAAGCGUGUUGGAAGAAACUUCCUAAUAUAUGCCAGUGGAUGUAAUACUUACACUAAAACGUUUUCUGGGAUUGAUGGAGCUGGAAAGCGACUGGCAGAUGAAGUUAAGCAAGUAGUAAAGAAGACUGACAGUCUAAAGAGGAUUUCCUUUUUAGCCCAUUCACUUGGUGGCUUGUUUGCAAGAUAUGCCAUUGGUGUCCUCUAUUCCGAGAAUGCCUCUGAUAAUAGCCAGUCGAUUGAUCUGGCUAAUUCUAAACUGUCUAAUUUCAAAACAAGGUCCUCCACAAGACAGGGUAAAAUUGCAGGGUUGGACCCAAUCAAUUUUGUUACCCUGGCAACUCCGCAUCUUGGGGUGAGAGGGAAAAAACAGCUUCCAUUUCUCUUGGGAAUUCCCUUUUUAGAGAAACUUGCUGCGCCCAUUGCUCCUAUUAUUACUGGUCGAACGGGUGGUCAGCUCUUCCUUACUGACGGUAAACCUAACAGGCCGCCCCUCCUUUUACAAAUGGCUUCAGAUUGCGAAGAUGUGAAAUUUAUAUCUGCACUUGGUGCAUUUAAAUGCCGCAUCCUAUAUGCAAAUGUAUCUUAUGAUCAUAUGGUUGGUUGGCGCACUUCCUCUAUAAGAAGAGAGAAGGAACUCGUUAAGCCCCCUCGGAGAUCUUUGGACGGCUACAAGCAUGUUGUAGAUGUUGAGUAUUGUCCACCAGUCUCAUCUGACGGUCCUCAUUUCCCUCCAGAAGCUGCAAAGGCAAAGGAGGCAGCACAAAAAGAACCCAGUACGCAAAACACGGUGGAGUAUCACGAUAUCAUGGAAGAGGAAAUGAUACACGGCUUACAACAAUUGGGAUGGAAAAAAGUCGAUGUCAGCUUCCAUUCCGCAUUCUGGCCCUUCUUUGCCCACAACAACAUACAUGUGAAGAAUGAAUGGUUUCACAAUGCUGGCGCUGGAGUAAUUGCACAUGUUGCAGACAGCAUAAAGCAGCAAGAAAACUCCGUCUUUCCGCUAGUUACUGCUAGCUUGUAGCUAUUAGAAAUUACAUAUUAGUGCCAUUUGUAUUACUUUCGAACAUUGCAAAAAAUUUAAUUGCUAUAUAUAUUUAUUCGUAAAAGAGGAAUGAAUUAUCAGUUUCCUCGUAA